AUGAGGAAGUUCAUCUUGGUUGCUCUGUUUUUGGCUCCGGUUAUUGGCCUGGCUGAGAGCUUUGAGUUUCAGGAGAAGGACCUGGCCUCUGAAGAGAGUCUCUGGGACUUGUAUGAGAGGUGGAGGAGCCACCAUACAAUUUCCCAUGGCCUCAGAGAGAAUGAAAAGCGCUUCAAUGUCUUCAAGGAGAAUGUGAAGCAUGUGCACAAGGUGAACCAGAUGAGCAAGCCUUACAAGCUGAAGCUGAACAAGUUUGCAGGCAUGACCAACCAUGAGUUUGUGAGUUCCUAUGCUGGCUCAAAAGUUAGCCACUACAGGUCUUUGCAUGGCAGCCGAAGGGAAACUGCCUUCACACAUGAGAACACUGACAAUCUUCCGCCAAAUGUUGAUUGGAGGAAGAAUGGAGCAGUCACUGGAGUUAAAGACCAAGGCAAAUGCGGUAGCUGCUGGGCAUUUUCAACUGUAGUUGCAGUGGAGGGUAUCAAUCAAAUCAAAACCAAGGCCCUAGUCUCUCUGUCUGAGCAAGAGCUGGUUGACUGCAAUAGAGACCCCAACGAAGGGUGCGACGGUGGCUUGAUGGAAAAGGCAUUUGAUUUCAUAAAGAAAAAUGGCGGCAUAACAACAGAGCAGAACUACCCUUACAGAGCCAGUGAUGGGCCUUGUGACUCAACCAAGAUGAUGAAUGCUCCUCUGGUGCAAAUUGAUGGCUAUGAAAGCGUACCCGAAAACAAUGAAAAUGCCUUGAUGAAAGCUGUUGCAAACCAACCUGUAUCUGUUGCAAUAGAUGCUGGUGGCAGAGACUUCCAAUUUUACUCAGAGGGUGUGUUUAAUGGGGACUGUGGAACAGAGCUAAACCAUGGCGUGGCAGUUGUGGGGUAUGAAACAACUCUGGAUGGGACCAAGUACUGGAUUGUGAAGAACUCUUGGGGAGAAGAGUGGGGAGAGAAGGGAUACAUAAGGAUCCAACGUGGAGUUGAUGCAGAAGAAGGGCUGUGUGGAAUUGCAAAAGAUCCCUCUUACCCCAUGAAGUCUUCCCCAAGCAACACAAAAAGAAGAAGCUCCUCCUCCUUCAAGGAUGAACUCUAA